AUGGAGAACCUGAUGCUCUCGUCGUCCGUGGCGAAGUUCGAGGACUGGAAGGCCGUCGAGGCCCUGCGCGUGGACGUGUGCUACACGGACAUCGGGGAGGUCCUGUCUCGCCUCACGGCUGGGCGCUCGCCACAGCAGGCUCUCCCUGGCCAUCAGGUCCCCAGCUUCCUUCACUACUGCCUCGCCAUCCGCGUGCCCUACGAGAGCUUCAAGGCCCAGGACGACGGACGCAUCUGGAGCAAGUACUGGUUCGACUGGAGCGUGCCGAGUGGCAGGCCGCACGCGCUGGAGCGCUGCAACAGCACGGCGAGCUCUCCCCAGGUCGGUCCGUACCCCGCACUCAAGUGGUUCAAGAGCGCUCGUGUCGUCGCGGUGCGGCAUGGCCACUGCGUGGCGCACUGCAGAACAGUGGAAGAGGCCGCGCGGCUGAUCCAGCUGCUGGCCUCCGACAGCCCCGAUGCCAGCGUCCUCGACGGGUUCGAGCAGGGCCUCAGGGGCGCUGGAGUGAAGCUGGGCCUAGGGCGCAAGGCCACUUCCGAGGAAGUGCGCCGAGCCCUGGCCAAGGCUCAGCCAGAGCUGGCGCGGCGGUGGGUGGCGAUGCGAGGCGGCAGGCGCUGGGCAGCCCAUCCCGACAGGGACUUGUUACAGGAGGUAAUGGAGGCCCUGGACGCCCACCCUGGCACCAUCGGGUCGGAGCAGGACGAGGCGGGUCAUGGCAAGCUUGAAGAGAAAGCAAACACGACGGCGCUCCUAGCCGAGAAGGUCCUCGAGCUACAGGCGGCGGACCAGCGCUACCAUAAGCUCCUGGCGGACACGUCUGAGGAGCAGCGCGCGCUGGAGCUGAAGGUCCAGAUGACGGAGGACGAGGCAGCGCAGCUCUCCCACAGGUCGCACGAGCAGAGCCAGAAGAUCUCGCAGCUCGAGCAGGCCCUGGCGGAGCUGCAGGAGCGCCGUGGUGCGGCGGCAGGAACCCUCACCCCAGUUCGCAGGGCUGAGGGGCGCGCCCCGUUCGCGGAGGUCCCCGCCUUCCCGCACCUGGCCUCGGGCAGCGGCGUGCCGACGGAGGAGCUCGAGGUCGGCGUAGGGGAGGGCCAGCAGAACACCGCAUAUCACGGGCAGAGCAACGGCGACGCUAAGGGGGCGUACGGGGACCAGAAGAGCACCGAGCAGAACCAGGGCAGGCACCUGAACAUAGUGAAGACGGAGGAGCGCAACGGCACCGCGAUGGAGGGCGUCGGCAGCGAGUUCGACGACCAGGGCGGGACGCUGGGCGCCAACGCGGAGGAGGUGAGCACCAAGGGUGGCAAGGACGGCUCCGCGGGCAAGAACAUGCAGGGGGCCGUCGGCAACCAGCAGAGCACCGUGGGGAACAAGGGCAGUCACCUGUGCACCUACGCGACGAAGCAGAGCACCAGCGACGUGCAGGAGUACCAGGCGCGGUGGGGGGCCGCACAAACAACCCCCAGCCGGCGCACGCAGAGGCUCGCCCUCGCCGCGAUUGAGAAUCGAGCCUGGCGCGUGUCUUCCGCUCCUGGUCCUGGGAGGUCGGCCCCUGACUGCCACUUCCACGACGGAUUCGUGUGCUUGGCCGAGAUCUCCGUCGACGAGGACGGCGGCGCGCAUGGCUUGGGCCCAGAAGGCGAAGAGUAUGAGUUCGACGAUAGCUACGUCGUCGGCGGCGAGAUGGUGUGGCUCCUGCAGUGCACCAAGGGAUCGCCGCCUUGCCACAUGUACUCCGAGCUCUGCCUGGCAGCCAGCGAGGAGGAGCCAGGCCGCAGAUGA